GAGGAAGCCACCUCCACUUGUAAACAAAAAAUUGAGACAUUUCCAAAACAGUGUUUUUUUUUUAAAUAGUGUCUACUACUUAUUAACAUUUUUUUCUUCUGGUGAAAGCUCGUUUUGUUUGCCUGUGCACAUUUGAGUUUACUUUACAAACUGAGACUUUUCCAGUUACUUUUAUUCAAGUAUUUCACCGUUUAAAUGUGAGUGAAGAAGGGCAAGGUGGGAACACAAAAACAUCUGUCGAGUGAUUCGCAUUUAUGUCAAAUUUGAUAAGCAAGCUAAAGGUUUCUGUGGAUCAGCAGCGAAUAAAACAUGUCCUGUUGGCGACGCAUGAAAAGAAAAACGGUAAAAUAAGGUUUACAGCUGUAGCAAACGCAUUAAACAUGCGCUUCAAAGGAAAAAUGUUAUGGAACUCUGAAUGUUUUUUAAGGGGACUGGACUGAAAGAGGAGGAAAGAGGGAGAUGUGGGUUUGAGGUUUGUCAGUGUGAAGACUGGUGGAUGGAGCAGGACGCGCGGAGGGAGGGAAGCAGCGCGCACAAAUGCGCCCUUUCAUUUCCAGGAGUGAAAUCCGUUUUUAGAUGCAGAGAUUUGCACUCAGAGAAACACGGGAGCAGAGGAGAACUGUGGAUCAUGGAUUUAAAAUCAUCAAGGGAACCUCGCAGUGUGAUUUAUCCCAAACUUUGAGCUUGGAACCUUUUUAUCUCUCCAAGGAGGCAGAGAUGAUUGGUGGUUUUUAGGAGGGAGUAACACAAUUCUUUGAGGCGCCUCUUGUUGAUUGGGACAGGUGCAAUGGUCUUCCAGCGCAGAGCUUGAAUCACUGAGGUGACGCAAAAUCGAGAACUAAUUUGGAUUUCCCCCCUGAACGAGUGCCACAUGCGCGCAGCCAGCAUGUCACAGCUUCACCGGAUUUUACGCAUCUCCUGAGGAAAGACUACUUCAAUAAUAAAAAAAAAGUAAACUAGAAGAAAGGGGAAAACUUUGUGCUUUAAUCAGAUUUUAUCAAUGGAGCUGCGCAGUUACCUGUGGUGCUUGGAGUUUCUUAUCCUUCUCAAAGAGUUAUGUCAGUGUUUCAACAUCGAUGGAGACCAUCCACGAAUCUUCACCGGUCCAGAGGACGCUCAGUUUGGCUUCUCAGUCUUACAGCACGAAUCCGGUGGAGAAAAACUGAUGCUAGUUGGCGCUCCCUGGGACGGACCAUCCAACAACAGAAGAGGAGAUGUUUACAAAUGUGUGGUGGGAGAGGAGAGGAAUUCAAACUGCAGUAAAGUUAAUCUAGGAGAAACCGCUCUUCGGAAUGUUUCCAAAAACCUUCAAAACUCUCACCUGGGGAUGACUCUUACACCGGACUCACCCGAUGGCUUCCUGGCAUGCGCCCCUCUUUGGUCGCAGGAGUGCGGCACAUCUAAGUUCAGCACUGGCAUCUGUGCAUCUGUUAGCGACGACCUCCAGCCGAGGAAAACCAUCUCUCCGAAUACAAAAAGGUGCGCCACUUACAUGGACAUCGUGAUCGUCCUGGAUGGCUCCAACAGUAUCUACCCCUGGUAUGAGGUCCAGAACUUUCUCAGCAACAUCCUCAGCAAGUUCCAUAUAGGCUCGGACCAGAUGCAGGUGGGUAUACUUCAGUAUGGGGAAAUAGCAGUCCACGAGUGGUCUUUGAAGGACUACCAGACAACAAAAAAAGUGGUGGAGGCCGCCAAGAACAUCAGCCGGCAAGAGGGUCGAGAGACACGUACUGCACGCGCCAUCCAAAUGGCCUGCACAGAAGCCUUCAGUGCCGAGCGUGGAGCGCGGGAGGGGGCCACCAAGGUGAUGAUUGUGGUGACAGACGGAGAGUCCCACGACGAGGACGAGCUUCCAGACGCUCUGAUGGAGUGCGAGAGCCGAAACAUCACCAGAUACGCCAUUGCCGUUUUGGGGCAUUAUAUCCGGAGACAGCAGGACCCAGAGACUUUCAUAAAUGAGAUUAAAACCAUCGCCAGUGACCCGGAUGAAAAGUAUUUCUUCAAUGUGACAGAUGAAGCUGCGCUGAACGACAUUGUGGACGCACUGGGAGACAGAAUAUUCAGUCUUGAAGGUACACUGGGCUACAAUGAGAGCUCGUUCCAUCUGGAGAUGUCCCAGAUUGGCUUCUCCACACACACACUGGAUGAUGGGAUUCUGUUUGGGAUGGUGGGAGCGUAUGACUGGGAUGGCGGGGUGCUGAAGGAAGGGGUUAAUGGAAGAAUCGUGCCUCCCAGAGAAGCCUUUGAAAGCGAGUUUCCGCUGGAGCUGAAAAACCAUGCUGCUUAUUUAGGUUACACAGUGUCCUCGGUGGUCAUUGGAAACUGGAGGACGCUGUAUGUAGCUGGAGCUCCCCGAUUCAAACACAAAGGCAAAGUGAUUCUGUUUGAUUUCACAAAUGACAAAGGUGUCGAUAUUGUGCAGGCCAUGAAUGGUGAACAGAUUGGCUCUUACUUCGGCAGUGAGGUGUGUGGGCUGGACAUCGAUCAGGAUGGCAUCACUGAUGUGCUUCUCAUUGCUGCUCCCAUGUUCCUCAGUUCUGGGAACAAGGAGGCCGGUAAAGUCUACAUCUACUCACUAAGUGGGGAGGGUUUUUUUGUACCAAACGGUACCCUGAAGUCAGAUAAAAAGUCCCAGGAUGCCAGGUUUGGCUAUGCACUGGCAGCUGCUCCUGAUCUGAACCAUGAUGAUUUCUCUGACUUGGUGGUCGGAGCACCUUUGGAGGAUGAGCACAUAGGUGCCAUCUAUAUUUAUCAUGGAGAUGGGAUUUACAUCAAUAACAACUACAAGCAGCGGAUACCGGGGUCAUCACUUCACCCCUCCCUGCAGUAUUUUGGCCGCAGUGUGAGCGCUCGAUUGGACUUGGAUGGGGAUGACCUCAUAGAUUUGGCAGUGGGAGCACAGGGCAAUGCUGUGCUGCUAAGUUCUCGCAGUAUCGUCCAGGUCCGAGUGAGCCUGUCUUUCCAGCCACAUUCCAUCAACGUCAUCCAGAAGACCUGUCAGAGGGGCGGCAGAGAAUCCGCCUGUCUGAAUGCCACGACCUGCUUCUCCGCCGUCUCCCGCUCACCUGGAUCCAGCAGCAACAUUUUUGAUUUGUCAGUGACGGCCACAUUGGAUGACCGGAAGCUGUCAGCUCGGGCUUUGUUUGAUGACAGCUCCCACCGACAAACCCAGCUUUCAGUCCAAGCCGAGAUAGGAAAGACGCUCUGCUAUAUACUUCCCUUUCAUGUCUUUGACACAGCGGAUUACAUUCGUCCCAUUACCUUCUCACUACGAUUUAAGAUCAACAACACCAAGACCGGGCCUGUGCUGGAUGAGGGAUGGAAAAACACUAUCAAUAAAUCUAUUCCCUUCUUCAAAGACUGUGGGGAGGAUGAUGUUUGCACACCAGAUCUGGUUCUGAGUGCACACAUGGACAUCUCUGGGACUCGACAGAAGCCUUAUGUGAUUCGCAGCACGCGUAGGCGUCUGGCAGUUGAAGUGCAGCUUCAGAACAGACUGGAGAACGCCUACAAUACCAGCCUGAAGCUGCACUAUUCACGAAACCUGCACUUCUCCAGCCUGAGCAUUCGGGAAUAUGCCAACUUUAAGAUAGAGUGCACAGCACUUGGCUCAAACAGCCACUCAUGUAAUGUCAGCUACCCAGUGUUUCGCUCUCAGUCAAAGGUGAACCUUUUGCUGGAGUUUGAGUUCAGCUGCACUUUUUUGCACAGUCGUGUCCAGAUUAAGAUCAACGCUUCCAGUGACAGCAUCGAAAGACAGGAGACUUUAGGGGAUAACAGCGUCCAGCUGCAAACUUUUGUUCAGUAUGAGCCGGAGCUGUAUGUUAGUAGCUCCUCUAAUCUGAACCGCUAUGAGGUCCACCCCACUCGGACGGCAUCAGAAGCAAUUGGGCCAGAAUUUUUCACUUACUUCAGGUUAGUGAGUAAUCUGGAGCUGCGGAUGUAUCUGCCCACCGCCGCUGCAGGAGACAGCACCUUCAUGACUGUCACCGACGUCUUCUCAAACAAUGCUUCAGGGGUGAACUGUAGUGUCAUGAGUGAUGGGGCGCAGCUGAAGAGCGGGCAGAGGGAAGUGUGGCCCCUUCAUCCUGAAGACAUGAUGCAGGAUGAAAUCCUGAACUGCAGCAGGUCAUGGUGCACGGAGGUUGUGUGUGCGGUGCGGCAGCUCAGGGAGGACGUCAUCAUUCGAGUCAGUCGUAGAGUUCAUGAGGAUUUUUUCAGGAAAGCGAAAUAUAAGUCAAUGAGGAUAAUAGGUGCCUAUGGCCUCACAGCUCAGGAGACUAACCUCAUCACUCUGGGAAAAGGAACCGUCUGGGGGGAGACUGUUCUGGAGGUUCUGAAGGGAAGAGCUAUUCCCAUCUCGCUCUGGAUCCUGAUUGGCAGCAUCAUAGGCGGUUUGCUGCUGCUGGCUCUUAUCAUCUUCAUACUUUGGAAGCUCGGAUUCUUUACACGCAAGCACAGAGGAGAGGAGGAAAAUCACGAAGACUGAAUCUAUAGUGAUUUAUUUGCCUUGUGGACUACAAGGGGAGUCGGUUUGUUUUAGCCCCCCACCAGCCACAGACAUUCAUUUGGAUGCAACAGGGUUUCCGAAGACCAAAGACAGCAGCAUCACGAGGGUCUAACAGAAAUGCACUUCCCUCUAUUUCCAGAAUUUGGGGGCACUUGCAGCAGGGCAAAGAAAAAGUACUCCACAGUCACGAAUUCUGCAAGUUGCCCCACUUAAACAAUGAGAGAGAUCUAAUGUUCAUCAUAGGUUCAUUUCAAAUGUGAGAAACAGAAACUACAUUGUAGGAUUUUACAUUAAACGCACCAAAUAAAUUAUUUUAAAAAAAUAAUAAAGAUAUUUCAUGGAUUUUUUUUAUACAUUCUGUCUCUCACAGAGAAGCAUCAUAAACAAAAAAAUCUCUCAUUAAAGUUGUACAACUUGCAGAAUCUGUGACUGAUGAAUACUUUCCCCCACUGUAUGUAAAUAAACUUAGUUUAAUUUUAAGGAUAUCUAAGGCCCAAUCCAAAUUCUUCUCCCUAUACCUCCAAAAUGU